CUUUGAAACCAAGAUAUGAGAUAGAACACAUCCGCACUCUGUAAUGGUCAGAAUAUUCAACGACAUGAUCUUCUUGUAUUUAUUUGGACUGGCGUGGAUACAGCCGUUUACCGUGUCCCUGCACACCGAACAUGUCAGGGUAAAAACUGACCACGUGUUGCAGGUGAUAGAUGACAUGUUUGUUGGCGUCACCAUCGACAGCAGUCAACUCAAGAGCAAUUUUAAGUACUACAAUGUCAGCUCUCCCAAAGUGCUGGCCCUUUGAAAGCUUUAGCACCUGCGUAUCUGAGAGUCGGGGGCACAUCAGGGGACUACAUGGUGUUCGACCCGACUCACUAUAUAGCUACUGGCCAGCAGUUUCAACUCCAAGCAAAGACCUGGGAUGAUCUCAACAUGUUUCUUCAUAAGACUGGGUUCAAGCUAGUGAUUGGUCUCAACGUCAUGCUUCGUGACGGAACAAGAUGGAACCCAUCAAAUGCAAAGCUGUUGCUCAAAUAUUCCUCUGACAAAGGGUAUCCCUUUGCAGGGAUUGAACUUGGAAAUGAACCGAACUUGUUUUGCCAACAUUGGAACACAACCGUCAGUGAUGUUCAGCUUGGAAGGGACUACAAGGAGCUGAAACAAGUUGUCCAAAGAAAUCCCUAUAAGUCCAGUCUCAUCCUUGGACCUGACAUAGCUGGGUAUAAAGACAAGUUUAUAAACAACUUCCUGUCCAAUGGUGGAGUCAGUGUCCUAGACGUCCUGACCAUCCAUCAUUACUAUUUUAAUGGACAAACCGCCAAACUGGAAGACUUUUCUAAAUCUUCCAUAAUGGAUAAGCUUAUAUCUGAACUACACACAGUCGCGGGGAUUGUCCGAAACCAUCACGGUCUGGUGGCGUGGCUUGGGGAGACUUCUUCUGGCUAUGGCGGCGGCACUCCUGGCAUAGGCGAUAGAUAUGUGGCAGGCAAUCUAUGGCUUGAUAAACUUGGUGCAUCAGCAAAAUAUGGUUUAAAAGGGGUCCUGCGUCAGGGAUUCUUCGGAGGUCAUUAUUCACUUCUUGACAGCAACAGCGACCCCAAUCCUGACUAUUGGUUGACGCUUCUAUACAGGAGACUUGUUGGCAACAAAGUAUUUGAUAUUCCAUCCUCAUCGGACAACAUCCGACUGUAUGCCCACUGUACGAAGCUUAACAAUGUGUAUAACUACGAGCCUGGAAGCAUCACAGUGUAUGCUCUCAAUCUAAAUACAGCUCCCGUAAUCCUGACCAUAUCGGAUCUGCACGGCCGAUCCGCAGACGCAUUCUGGCUGACUCCAGAGGGAGGAGACUUGAAGUCACAAAAAGUACGGUUAAAUGGCAAAACCUUGGAACUUGUCAACAACCAAAUACCACAGAUGACACCCAGACAUCUGGGAAACAGGCAGAUGACAGUACCUGGAAACACCUUUGGCUUCAUCGUUAUCCCCGACGCCAACAUAGCGGCAUGCCAAUCACAAGGCCACGGUACUAUUAUCGGAUAGGUAUACCAACAUUCUGUUAUUUAAAGGUUUGCUAAAUGUUCUAGAUGAU